GGGCGUGUCCAUGGUCGGGCUCACGCUGUGGCUUAAGACCGAGCCUGGCUUCAACGAGUGGGUGAACGACCUGAGCAUCGAGGAGUUCUUCACCGGCCUCUACGUGCUGCUGGCUGGUGGCAUCAUCAUAAUGCUGGUGGCCUUUCUUGGCUGCUGCGGCGCUCUGAUGGAGAACACCGUGCUCCUGUACGGGUUCAUCGCCACGCAGGUGCUCGGUUUCAUCCUGGGCAUGGCGGGCUCGGCCGUGUUGCUGGACUUCAGCACCAUCAACUCCCAGAUAGAGCCGCUCAUCCGGCAGGCCAUGCGGUCGCUCAUCGCCGACUCCAACAACCCCAGGAGCGCUUCCACGCUGCACAUGAUCCAGGAAAACGUGGGCUGCUGCGGCGCGGACGGCCCCAGUGACUACAUGUCGCUGAAGCAGCCGCUUUCCAGCAGCUGUCGGGACACCGUCACCGGCAACGUCUACUUCUACGGCUGCGUCGACGAGCUCACCUGGUUCUUGCAGGACAAGGCCGCCUGGAUCUGCGCGCUCGCCAUGCUCGUAUGCUUCAUCAACGUUUUGAACUGUGCUUUGACUCUUACGCUGAUCCAGGCACUGAAAAAGGAAGAGGAAGACGCUCUCAAGCGCUAACAGAUGACAUCCACCAACCUUGCGCCAAUACAGCGUUUGGUCGGCGCAGUCUACACACAUCGAUACGUCAGUUAUAGAAAAUGUGCUAUUUAGCAGCCAUUAACAUAUGUAUUUCACGUAUCAUAUAUUUUCUAUGAAAUCAUAACAUGUUUCCUUUUCUAAAUUGUGGAUCAAGUGUGUGGAUGUAACUAAAUUUAUUAAUUACAUAGAUGUUUCGUAUAAUUUAACUAUGUAUAAACAUUUACUUUAGAUAAUUCUUAAAUACAUGUAUGUUCGCUACUCUUUAAAUAUGUGUAAACAGGCACUUUAGUUAAUUUUCUAGGAAUAGGAUAGUUUAGUAACUGGCUCAGAUAAUGUCUGAUGACAGAUAAAAACGUAUUCAUGUUAUCUGCUUACAUUUCUUUUCACAUUUUCUUAAAUAGAUUUUCUCUUAGUUAUUUGUUUUAGUCUUUACGCUAGAUACAGACUGAGAAAAUUGCAUCAGGCAAUAAGCAUUUAGCCUUUACUAUGUUCACAGACCUUGGAAAGAAUGAAUUUUAGUAACACCACAUUACUGUACAAUAUUUGAUGUAAAAAUAAUGGAAUGGCACAAUUAAUUGCAUCCUUAAUUUUCUUGUGACGUAUUUUGGAAGUCUGGCUUUUUAUACUGUAAUUUCGUAUGAAUCAUUCAGGGAAUGUUGUUCUUUCAACAAAAAGCCUACGUCCAUUCAUUGUAUCAGAUUUUUUAAGGCAUAGAAAUUCAUCCAUAUAUUCCAGCAUAUUAUUUACGAGAUUAAAUUAGCCUACAUACCACACCAUUUAGCUUUAUUAUUAUGUAGUAUCCUAUGCCAAGAAUAUCCUUCUCUAAAUUCCUCUUCAUUAUCAUUAAUCAAUGCUACACCAUUUUCAAAUGUUUUCCUCCCUGUGAACAUUUCACUGAUAGUUCCCCAUUAUUCUGUCAUCUUGUGUGAUCCUUUAUGAUAUGGUGUAUGUAACUGAAAAUGAUCCAAGCUAAUCUUCCCUCAUACUCGCAUCAAGAAAGCAUUUAUCUUGAUAUAUCUCAUCGUUGUCAUUCACAUACACUACCCACUUCACCUUCUCUGUCGUUAGGUAGUAGUCUUCGGUUGUCCGAAAGAUCCAUCUUAAUUAAUUCUGCCCAUAGCUUCCACCUAGUCAGUGCAACAGUAUAGCGGCCGCAGCAUCGACACAUAUAUGUACAUAGCGUGGGUCUGAGUUACUGCAACCACAUAGUAGCACAACUCCCCCUGAAGGACGGCGCUUUAAUUACGCUAAUUUCUGCAAGUUUGAGCAUUUGUUUUACGGCCUAUACCAUUCACUUUACGACUGCGAGGUCCUUGUUGUUUCAGCAAAUACCCAUUUCGCCCCUUCAGGUGCCUCAUUCGCCGCCGUUCGCAAUAAUUUUCGUCGAGCGCGGAACUGGCUGGGAACGGCCACUUGAAUUCCACCUUGUUCCAGGGCUACAAUCAGCGGGCCAAUAACUUCGGUGCCGCUACCGGUAUGCGCACUCGCACUCCUAACCCAGCUCUCCCCCCCGCCCCCCCCCCCUC